AGCGGCGCUGAUGGCGAUGAUGGCGGCCGCGGCGGGCAAGUCCCGCCGGCGGCGCGCAGGAAAUAAGCAUUCAGCUGCUCAGAAAAAUGAAGAUGCUGCUCAAAGGAAAGCAGCUCUGGAGGCUGCACUGAGAAAGAAGAUUGAAUGUGAGAAAAAAGCAUUGUCUAUUGUUGAGCAGCUCCUGGAACAGGACAUUACUGAAGAGUUCCUUCUAAAUUGUGGAAAAAGUAUUACUCCAUCUCACUAUAAAGAUGUUGUUGAUGAGCGAUCUAUCAUCAAACUAUGUGGUUAUCCUCUAUGUCAGAAGAGACUGGAAAAUGUGCCAAAGCAGAAGUACAGAAUUUCAACAAAAACGAACAGAGUUUAUGAUAUCACUGAAAGAAAGUGCUUUUGCAGCAAUUUUUGCUAUAGAGCAUCUAAAUAUUUUGAAGCUCAAAUUUCCAAAAGUCCAGUGUGGAUGAGAGAAGAAGAAAAACCACCAGACAUAGAGCUGCUGAAGGAGGGACGGAGUGGACGGUCUGGAGAAGAGGUGAAACUACGUGAUGAAGUGAUUAAAGCAUCUGAUAUUGAAAAUCCUAGGAUAUCUUCAGAUCCAUGCGAAUCUGGUUCUCAUGACACAGCCAGUGACAGCAGUACUGAUACUGAACAAGGAUUUAUUUCUUCUGUCCUACCAGGAAGUCAGUCAAGUUCAGCCAGUUUUGCACAGCAAUUGCACAGAAAAAGCAUCCUCAAAAAGAAGCAUUCUCAGAAAGUCCAUACCGGCUCUAAAACUGAAGAUGCAGAUGUAAUAGAAGCCACUGAACAGCUAUCUCAUUGUAAAUUAGACACUCAGGAAGAAAGACAUGCUUUCUCUGUUCAUAAUGAAGUAACUGCACCACCUUCAGACAACACUGCUCCUGGGAAAUCAAGUGCUUCAGAAAUCUUUGAAAAUACAUGUGGAUCAGAGAUAGUUUUUCUAGGUGUGAGCAAAAGAGGAGCAGAACAUCUUAAAAGAACACUAGCUAAGUCAACAGAACAUAAAAACCCUGAACUGAGGCAUCCAGUUAAUUCCAAAGGCAGUUUAUUAGAAGUGCUUAGGCAAACACUUACGGAAUGGAGAACUGAGGAAACUUUAAAAUUUCUCUAUGGCCCAAACUAUACUUCUUUGUGCUCAUCAGAGUGUAUAGCGUCUAUCAACCAGGAGACUGAAGAACUUGAUGAGGAUGACUUAGAUACAGCUGAUGAUCUCAACACUGUUGGUGUAGGGGAGUCUGAAAACAGUUUGAACUACUCUUUACCUUUCACAAGCUCAGGUGGAAUAGUUAAGCCUCUUCCUAGUUAUGAAAAGUUAAAAGAAGAAACAGAGUUCCUAGAACUCCGAGUAAAAGAGUUCUACAAAGGAAGGUGCAUCUUGGCUGAAGAGGCAGCGACACAAGCGCAAGCAGGGGAACAUCCAAGCAAAGACAAAGAUGAUCAACAGGAAGAUCUCACCUUCCCACUUGUUGAUUCAAAUGCACAAAUGCAGAUUAGGAAGCGAAUUGUCCUUGAAAAACUGAGAAAAGCAUUAUCUGCAGUUUUGGGCCCUCUUCAGAUUGCUUCAAGUGAUGUUUACACAGAGUUAAAAAAUCUUGUCAAAACUUUCCGGUUAACAAACAGAAAUAUUAUUCACAAAAUGCCUGAAUGGACUCUCAUUGCUAUUGUUUUGUUAUCUGUAUUGUCACAAACAAGUCCACUUUUCAAGAAUACUCAGACAAGCCCAAUGUACACACAGUUCCUGACCACAUUACUGGAAGAACUGCAUUUCAAAAAUGAAGAUAUGGAAAGUUUAACAAGAAUAUUUAGAAUGAACUGACAACUUGAAUGAAUAACAUGAUCAUCGUAGCAUUUCCUACUACCUGAAAUAGUUGCACAGAGAACAAAAUAACACCUUCAGUUGUUUGAGCUCUUAAAAAUGAAAAAUGAAAUUUCAUAUGAAUUGUAGUUCUUGCAUUUCUGCUUUUUCAUUUCCUUCCUAUGGGUAAGAAUUUUGCAGUCUUGUGAAGAAGCUGACUAACUGCAGUUGUUCAAGGUAUGAAGACAAGUUAAAAUAUGGAUCAUCUGAAAAGUGUUCAAAAGCUGUAGAAAGAAAUUUGGAUUGGUUUGGUUUUUCUUGAUUUGGAAACUUUCAGUCAAUGUUUGUCUACAGGGAUCAGGGAGAGACGGGGACUCUUACCCCUGAUGGUAAGAGCCGUGCUGCUGACAUUUUUCCAGUUUCCCUCGUGCAUGGAGCAGGAAUCUUUAAGAAUGAUGACAACAGUACACAAAUAUGUCUGAUUCAUAGCCUGUUUGUCUUGCUACUUCUAAGAAAAGGGGUGGUCUUUGAACUUGUGUAAAAGUUAUUUUUAAACAGACUUUAGGUGUUACUAAUUUGGACUUUUAAAAUAUAUUUUAAUAACUACAUUUUUUUUUGCUUUCAGUAGUCAUUUCAUUUCAAAGAGUUGUGUUAUUUAGGCUGUGUUUGGAAUAGCUUCUGUCACUGAUGGAUUAUAAAUUGCAUUUUAAAACUAGUCCUAGUAGUUUUAGAUUACUAGAAUCACUAGUAAUUCUUAAUGAUUCCAUAAUAUGUUUUAUUUAUAGUUCUCAGAUCAUAGGACACUGUAUUUUGAGAGACUUAAGAAGAAAGUUGUAAUUGACAGUGUUUAGUCUGCAGCAAAUGCCAGCACUAGUUAAGGCUGAGACAAGCCUUACCAGGGCUGCUGCACAUUCACUCAAUUUGAAAAACCAAAGUUUAUUCCUUUGUAAUUGGACUUCUGUAAUUGGACACCAGAAAGGAACUUAACUAGUUCAUUUCAUGAUAAUCAGAAUAAACAUGUAGAUUACCCCUGACACACAGAAGCUCAUGCAGCUUUGCCAUGGAAGCUUCACUGCGCAGUAGACUUUAUUUAGGUGAUGCUUGACUUUUCCAAACUUACAUUGUAAUGGGAAGUUAUGUUCAGUGUAAGUUGUAAAAGCAACAAUUUAGAACUAGAACCUUUAAUGCAGAGUUACAGCUAUGCAUUUUUCUAAGUAUGCAGUAGGGGGGAAAUUGCCCAUUAUGAUCAGAGUGUGUCUUAUACAAAAUUUGUAAGAAUUACUGGAUAGACAUUGGUUUUGUACCAUGAUGGAAAAAGCUUACUUGAUACAUAUGGACAGAAGGGUCAAGACCUCACCAAAAUACAAACUUCUGUAGAAGACUGAGUAAUAGGUAUGAUACUCUGAGCACAAUUUAAACCUUGAAUUUAUAUCUAUUCACUUCUGAUUUUUGGAAGUUGACUGAAUUUGUAUUUUCAGCUAGUAGAUUCUGAGCAAGCCUGUUACAUGCAGGUUUACCUUAGGGCACGAAGAUUACCUUACAACAGUUCUGCCAUACAGAGUACACCUAGAAGGCAUUGCAGAUGUACAUCAUACCAGGAAUGUGACUGUGUUUCAUCAGGUUUGAUGGCUCUCAUUUGGAAAGUUUUUACACUUCCUGUCAGUUUAGUGGUGUGAUUUUUUUUGGUACUUAUUUUUAGGCUUGGGGUUCACCACCUACUGUGUAGGAAAUGUAUGAUCGUGUAAUAAAAAUUAAUAGGUUGCAGGCUCAAAGACCAUUUUAUCAGGGUUCACUAUAACUGCUUUUACUGUCUGCCUCAGCAGCUCAAAAAAGUAAGCUUUCAGGAUUUAUGCAUCUCUUCUUUCACUGCUUUGUAGUAAGCUCCUUCAUUCUUUUCCUUGCCCUACAAGAACAAAUUAAUAUUUCUCCAUCCAUGAGGCCAGAAGAAGAGUCUGUAGUAUGCUGGGAACACCCUAAAGAGAUAUUCUUCACUUCCUUGUGAUGAUUUCGUCUCCAUUAGACACGAGUAGCACACAUGUAAAUAAAUGGAGAAAGUGUACAUAUGUACCCAAUACUUUUGAAUGAGAGAGGCUAUAGACUCAUCCCAAAAGGAUCUUUCAGUACGGCCAGCCUUAACUGGUGUAUAAAAAUCACAACUCAAAUACCAAAAAUUCAAUUCAUUUAUGUAGUUUUCUUAUGAGCAUGCUUUGUAACAGCCUAACUGCUUAGAAAUGGUCAAAUCUAGAUAUCUUUUUUUAUCCUAAAGGAAAUUUCUGUCAGAAGUAUCUGUCCUUCAGAAAAUGUCACUCUUUCUUAACUCAGCUGGUUUUUGGUGUUGUUCUUCCCCCUUCUCAUUGUGCUUAUGUUCGCAGACAGAUUGUUUCCUUGUGGCCUUGUUUCUGUGCUUACUGAUUUUCCUUCUGUGUAAAUUAAACAGAUGAGAGCAGCUGA